CAUGGCCGCGCUGGCGCUGCCGCUGCUGCUGCUGCUGCUGCUGGGGACCCCCAAAAGCGACCCCAAAACCGCCCAAAAUCGGCCCCAAAUCCGGCCCGGGACCCCCCAAAAACGGCCCCAGGAGCCCCCCGGGGCUGAGCCCGGAAUUGCCAAAAAUCGCCCCAAAAACCCGCCCGGGGCUGAGCCCGGAAUGCCCCAAAACUGCCCCGAAAAUCGCCAAAAUUGCCGCGAAACGCCCCAAAAUCGGCCCGAAAAUCCCCAAAAUCGGCCCGAAAAUCCCCCCGGGACUGAGCCCGAAACCCCCCAAAAUCGGCCCAAAAAUCCCCAAAAUUGUCCCGAAAAUCCCUCCGGGAUUGAGCCCGAAAAUUGCCAAAAUUGCCCCGAAAAUUCCCAAAAUUGCCCCGAAAAUUCCCAAAAUUGCCCCAAAAAAUCUGAAAAUUGCCCCAAAACCUCCCAAAAUUGCCCCGAAAAUCCCCCCGGGACUGAGCCCGAAAAUUCCCAAAAUUGCCCCAAAAAUUCCCAAAAUUGUCCCAAAACCCCCCCCGGGACUGAGCCCGAAAUCCCCGAAAUUUGCCCCGAAAAUCCCCAAAUUUGCCCCAAAAAUUGCCCCGAAAAUCCCCAAAUUUGCCCCAAAAAUUGCCCCGAAUCCCCCCCCGGGCCUGAGCCCGAAAAUUCCCAAAUUUGUCCCGAAAAUUCCGGAAUUUGGCCCGAAAAUUCCCCCGGGAGCGACCCCGAGAACGGCCUGCUGGUGCUCACGGUGGCCACCGAGCUGACCGACGGCUUCGGCCGCUUCCUGCGCUCGGCGCGGGCCUUCAACUACAGCGUUAUGCCGCUGGGGCUGGGCCGGGGCUGGCGGGGCGGGGACCUGGCGCGCAGCCCCGGCGGGGGGCAGAAGGUUCGGUGGCUGCGGGCGGCGCUGCGGCCGCUGCGAGCCCGAGGAGACCUCGUGGUGCUCUUCGUGGACAGCUAUGACGUGCUGUUCGCGGGGGGGCCCCGGGAGCUGCUGGCCAAGUUCGGGGGCCACCGGGGCCGGGCUCGUGUUCGCCGCCGAGGGCUUCUGCUGGCCCCAGGAGGGGCUCGCCCCCCCUGUACCCCCCCAGCCCCCCCCGGCGGGAAACCCUUCCUCAACUCCCGGGGGUACGGGGGG